AUGUUUCUUCCACUCUGGCUGGUCUACCUCUUUAUCGUCCUUGCCUGCGUUGUCGCUGUUAGUGCCCAAGACUACGGGUAUGCAACAUGCUGGAACAAGCUGGACGCCAUUAUGGUCGGAAACACGACCAAGGAUGGGGUCAACAAAGAGACUGUUUUAGAGUAUCUCUGGAACGGGGCCAUUGCGGGGUUCAGGGGAGAAGACCGCCCCAUUGCUCUCGGGUAUGAGGGCUGCCUCAAGAUCUGUGAAGGACGCACCGAUCAAGUGACUACCAGGUCGACUCUUGAAAUGGUAACAACCUGGAUCUUCCCCCUGGCCAUCGUCUUCAACCUUCCCUACGAUUCACUCCACCAUCACAAGAUCCGCAGAACAGCCCAAGCAAUCAGGCAUUGUCAUCGUAUGUCAAAGUCAAAGAAUACCUUGACUAACGAUGCCUUUUAUGUCUUGAGUUGCCUUGGCCAGUUUGAACUGCCCAGCAGCGAGAGGUUCUACACAGCCCUUGUCUAUGGCCUCUUCCGACCUCUUCCACAGCCUGACACAGAGUAUGAUCCUGAUCAGCACUACACUGCGCAACUGCUCUCAGAUAUGGCCUUUCAACUGCGCAUGCUGAGACGUCGUGGCGUUAUUCCGACUCUUGCUAGUCUCGGGACCUUUAUCACGGCCUUCAUCUUCUCUAUCGUUCUUGCUUUUGAUGAAGAGGCGGGAAACAGAAAGGGAUCGCCUCUUACCCUCGGACUCCUUUACUGCUGGCUGCCUCUUCUGGUCAUCUUUACUAUCAUUGACCGUAACCCCGUGUCGGCAGAUCGUUCAGCUGCUCUGAUAUCGCGCUGGCUCUUCAAUGUCGACGCUGUUUUGGCUUCUGCGCAAGCCGCCGGAGCUGACUUGAAUAACAUGCGACCGCCCGUGUGGUGGUCACGGAGUAGGCCGCAGGACGAUCUGAGAGUAUUCGAAGUUCAAGAGUUUAUCGGACAAGGUCGCAAGGUCAAGUAUUGCGGCCUUGCUGACGCAGUGAUCCGGGCCCAGAAAGCCCACACGUUGCGUAAACAUCUUGACCAGUACAGGCUUUGCGCGCAGACGGCCCUGACGCACCUCAAUGGGAGAAGACCAACUCAGUGGUGGUUCACGGCCUUUGCAUCGCUCUUCUUGGUUGUGUUUGAGGUCAUGAUGGCGUUCUUGAUUGCUUUCUGUACGCCUACCUUUGGCCUGGGUUGCUGGUCAGGCGGUCUGCUCCUGUAUGGCAUCUUGAGCACUGUGACUUGGGGGAUACACCUUAUUUUCAAAGCCCCGGGAAAAUGGGUGCAAUUUGUCUGCAGCUGUUUCAACUUCCUCUCUCUUGGGUGGAUUAUAACUCUGACAGGCUUUGUGUUGGCGGGUGGGUUCAGAACCUGCUGGUGCAGCACCGUUAAGCUAAGUUCGGGGGGCUACAUGAUGUUUGAGAGUUUUGACUACUACGUCGAGAACUUUGCAAUGUCUGGCCCUUGGAUCAGCGCCUCGGUUCUCGGAGGAUUGGUUCCCGGUGCGGUGUUGGUGACGGCAACUGCAUGA